AUGUCGAUGCAAAAGUAUCACACGGCAGUAUCAAUUGACAAAUGUGUUGAAACGUUAUUAGGAACUUCUUGUAAAAAUGACCAAGAUUGCAGUGACAUAUUGCAUGCAAAGUGUUCGAAAGAUGAAAUUUGUAUCUGUAGAUCAAAUAAUAUUAUGGUGAAUAAAACAUCUUGCCAACCAUUAUUGGGAACAUUCUGUUGGAAGGAUGAAAAAUGUGCAGCAGAUCAUUCUUCUUGUGUUGAUAAUGAAUGUCAAUGCAAUGAAGGUUACAUGAAACAAUCCAAUGUUCAAUGUUUACCAAACUUGAUAGGCUCACUCUGUGAAAUUGAUUCUCAUUGUAAGCCAAUAAGAUUUUCUUAUUGUUCUUUAAUGAAAACUUGUAGCUGCUCAUCGAAUACACUGUCUAAUGAUGAUCAAACUUCAUGCUUACCACUAUUAAAUUUAUAUUGCGAAACAGAUGACGAGUGUAAAGUGGAUCACUCAGUAUGCAUCGAUAAUUGGUGUAAAUGCAAACCACUAGACAUGACUAUUUCAAAUACUCAAUGUAAAGAACCAUACUUAGGAAUGGCUUGUGAACGUACUUCAGACUGCGAGACAUAUAUGAAUCAUUCAACAUGCUCUCAAUCUAAUCAUUGUAGAUGUGUUGAUUUCCAUUAUAGUAUAAACAAUAGGACAUGUGCACCAGCAUUCAAUGCAACAUGUGAUAAUGAACCAUGUACGCCCGAAAAUUCUGUUUGUCAUGAUUACGAGUGUCAAUGCAGACCCAACUACGUCGUUCGAGGCUACAAGUGUGUGUUAAAAGCAUUUUUGGGAAGUCCAUGUCAAAAGGAUACAGACUGUCAGAUUAUUGAAUUUGCAACAUGUUCAGAUGAUUAUAUAUGUGUUUGUCAAACAAAUUACAGUGAAUCUGAUUCAUCAACUUGCAUACCACUGAUAGGGGGUAGCUGCACAGUUAAUAAUGAUUGUGUCACUCAAAAUUCUUACUGUUUUCUUAAGAAAUGUCAGUGUCUAGAUAAUUUCUUCGCUCAUUCUAAUGACGAGUGUACACCAAAAUGUGCCCCGCCACUUGGCCAAUUCUGUACAACGAGUAAACCUUGUGAAAUAGAAAACUCUAUUUGUAUUAAUAAUAAAUGUCAAUGCAUUCCCAACCUUAUGAAACACUUAAAUGCUGAAUGUGUACCAAGGCAAUCGUUUCAAUAUUGUGAAGAUAAUUCUGAUUGUGUGGGCACGGGACAAACAUGUUCUAGUGACAACAAAUGCGUCUGUAAAGAAAAUCAUAUUCCUUUAGCGUUAUUGGGAGCUUCUUGUAGAAAUGACCACGAUUGCAGUGACAUAUUGCAUGCAAAGUGUUCGGAAGAUGAAAUUUGUGUCUGUAGAUCAAAUAAUAUUAUGGUGAAUCAAACAUGUUGCCAACCAUUAUUGGGAACAUUUUGUUGGAAAGAUGAAAAAUGUGCAGCAGAUCAUUCUUCUUGUGUUGAUAAUGAAUGCCAAUGCAAUGAAAAUUACAUAAAACAAUCCAAUGCUCAAUGUUUACCAAACUUGAUAGGCUCACCCUGUGAAAUUGAUUCUGAUUGUAAGACAAUAAGAUUUUCCUAUUGUUCUUCAAUGAAAACUUGUAGCUGCUCAUUGAAUACACUGUCUAAUGAUGAUCAAACUUCAUGCUUACCACUAUUGAAUUUAUAUUGCGAAACAGAUGACGAGUGUAAAGUGGAUUACUCAGUAUGCAUCGAUAAUUGGUGUAAAUGCAAACCACUAGACAUUACUAUUUCAAAUACUCAAUGUAAAGAACAAGCAUUUUUGGAAAGUCCAUGUCAAAAGGAUACAGACUGUCACAUUAUUGAAUUUGCAACAUGUUCAGAUGAUUAUAUGUGUGUUUGUCAAACAAAUUACAGUGAAUCUGAUUCAUCAACUUGCAUACCACUGAUAGGGGGUAGCUGCACAGUAAAUAAUGAUUGUGUCACUAAAAAUUCUUAUUGUUUUCUUAAGAAAUGUCGAUGUCUGGAUAAUUUCUUCGCUCAUUCUAAUGACGAGUGUACACCAAAUUACAUUGCACUCAAUGGCACAAAAUGUGCCCAGCCGCUUGGCCAGUUCUGUACAAAGAGUAAACCCUGUGAGAUAGCAAACUCUAUUUGCAUUAAUAAUAGAUGUCAAUGCAUUCCCAACUUUAUGAAACACUUAAAUGCUGAAUGUGUACCAAGGCAAUCGUAUCAAUAUUGUGAAGAUAAUUCUGAUUGUGUGGGCACGGGACAAACAUGUUCUAGUGACAACAAAUGUGUCUGUGAAGAAAAUCAUAUUCCUUUAAGUAACGGAAAGUGUGCACCCCUCUUAGAUGGUUAUUGUUCAAGGAACAAGGAUUGCUAUGUCAAAAAUUCAGUUUGUCUAUCAAAUAGAUGUCAAUGUAAUUUCGAUUACUUGCCACAUUUCAAUUACCAAUGUGAGCCCAUUAUGAUAGGCAAGUUGUGUGCAACAGACCUGGAUUGUAUGCACAUUAAAAAUUCAAGAUGUUCAGAAGAUAAUUUCUGUGUUUGUAAAAUGAAUUAUUUUGCACUUGAUAAAUUUCUUUGUGUACCGACUUUAAAAGGAUUUUGUUCAGAUGCUCAGGAUUGUUAUUCUGAUUCAUUUUACUGUUCUGAUAAUCAAUGUCAAUGUAAAAGUAAUCACACGGCAGUAUCUGUUGACAAAUGUGUUGAGAUAAUACUUGGAGAUUCCUGUCAAAAUGACGAAGAUUGUAGGAACGUAAAUCAUGCAAUAUGUUCGAAAAAUAAGAUUUGUGACUGUUUAUCCAAUAAUAUCCGGGUAAAUAAAACCUACUGUGCACCAGCGUUGAUGGCGUUUUGCCGGGAGGGUGAGAAAUGUGCAACUGAUCAUGCUUCGUGUAUUGAUAAUGAAUGUCAAUGCGAUGAAAAUUCAGUACAGCAUUCCAAUGAUCAGUGCUUGCCAAGUGAUAGGAAAUUUGGGUCAUUGGGGUUAUUAGUAAUUGGUAAUUCAGGUAAUAGGGAUCUGGGUUUUUGGGAUAUGUCCUAUCAGUUACUUUUGCAAUUGGAACCUGUCCAAUAG